AUGAACACCUUGCUCCUCGAUGACGGACCUUCACGAACGAGUACGGCAGCCGGAAUGGCAGCUUCCACCUCCGACUCCCCCUCGACGUCGACGAUGAACCGCGGAUCAGCCUCGAUGGGGACGAGUCGUGGUGCGCGUAAACAGGUCGUCAUGCAGCAGCUCCGCAAGCGAUUGCCGUCGACGAGUGCGCCCCACAGCCCGGCCUCGGCCUCGGAAGACGAUGACGAAUCCGACGACGACGAGGGCAGACGGAGUAAUGGGUAUGGGAGGGAGGGCGGUCAGGCGGGCGAAGGGAGGAAGGCCAAGAGGGCCAGAGUGAGCGUUAGUUGUAAGGAAUGCAAGGUACGUUCGUAAGCGGGCGGUCCAUGUGGAAUGACGUGGGGCAGCCAGCACCAAGUGGGGUAAGAGGGGAAAACAAGGGGCUGAGCAGUUACAGCUGGUACGAACCUACUUUCUUCCCAUGCAUCGGUUCUGUCGAGCAGAGGAGAAAGAUCAAGUGUGAUCGACAGAUGCCGAUAUGUGGACCUUGCGACAGUACGUCAUCCUAGCUGCCUUCAAGUUUCAGCCUCGGGUCCUCUUCCACGACGCAGGGCUGCCGUCGACCACAGCAACCGCAGGGUGCCGAGGGAACUCAUCCCAGCUUCUCCUGUCGAACUCGCACAGAACGGAAACAACCCGAAGCAUGUACCUGGGACAUCUUCUCGGGCCUGACGGGCGCGCAGGAUGGAAUACUGCCCCCGUCGAUCGCCAAAUCGAGCGAUCUCGAUCGAGCGCUGGCCCGCAUCGAACAUAUCGAACACUUUCUCAGGCGAGCUUUACCCCCGAAUCUGGCCGUGUUCACACCUUACUCCUCCCGCGAUCGAGCCGCUGGGGUAGCGCUUCAGCAGCUCGAGGAGGGAGGCCCACCCCGCUCAGGAGCUGGCCUGGUCGGCAAUUCCAGCGAGCUGGCACCGGGUGGUCAAGAGGAGGCAUUUUGGGAGGUCGAACAGGCCGCAUUAAACUUGGAGAACGGCGUUUUUGGUGCGACACCCAAGGACGGUAGCAGUGAUCGCAAAGCCGUGGCUUCUACCUCGACCACAAUGCCGGCAACCGUCGCGGGGACUCGACCCCCUCUCCUGUCGAACCCGUCAGCGGGAGGCAGGCCCCAGCGAGGACCGAUACCGGCUGGUUCGCACCGCCCACAAUCGACAGCGACCGCAUCUCGAUUCGGCGCUUCUUCGAUUGAGUUGACCAAAGCCUUAACGACCAUCGUCGCAACAGAGCGACCUUCGGAGACGCUCUCCCGAGCCCACCUCAACGUUGAGUUCGAUGCCACUUCGUCCGACAUCGACAAGGCGCGGUCCGAGGAACUUCACCAGCUCAUCCGAGCUCUCCCCAGCGAAAGGGUCUGCACCGAUUACCUCGUCGAUCUGUACUUUGGCAGUGUCGCAUGGUUGUUCCACCACCUUCACGCACCGACGUUCUUGAUUGAACUUGAUGCAUUCUGGCGGUUGUGCGACGAUGGGCGAGAGGACGAAGUCGAUCCAUGCUGGUUGGGACUGUUACUGAGUGUAAGUGGACUGAGCCCGAGCACACUGAGAUGCUUGUGAGGUGACACAAAUCCGUUCGCUCGCAGGUCAUCUGUGUCGCUCUGGACAGCACACGUGCUUCGCGAUCCCCGCUAUCGCUCGAUCCACCGAAAGCGGACCAACCCAGUCCCCUCGAGUCCUUCACACCAGAGGAGAUCGAAGUGCUGCCAGAAAGAUGGUUCGCCGCGUCUCAGCGCGCAUUGCGGCUCGCCGAAUGGGAAACCAUCCCGAGGAUCCGCUCUAUUCAGGUAGGUCAACGCCAAUGAGAGUCGUCCUCAAAGACUCAACGCUGAUCAAGGUUCCACGCCUUUGUAGACGAUUGUGCUAUACACGCAGUACUUGCAGUUAUGCUCGUCGACCCGAGGACAACCGAGUCAGAUGGCGGUUUGGCUCGCCGCCUCGAUCCGACUCGCUCAGGCUAUGGGCUUGCAUUUGCUUGGAUCGAACCCCGAGAUGUACGUGCGGCAAGCCAAGCAUCCGAUCGGGAAGAAGGGACUGAUGCGAUAGUUGGUAUCCACGGGCGUGCAGUAUGCCUCCUGACGAUCCAGCGUUCCCACCUGGCAAAUGCUCGUUCAAGCGCGAGACCGCGAAACGAUUGUGGGCCGUGCUCGUCUACCAAGACUGGCUCGGGGCAACAUCCAAGAACCGUUGCUACCAAAUUUCGCCCCUCCACUUUGACACAGACGACCCUUUGAAUCUCAAUGACAGCGACUUGAGCUCGAUCGAUUGGAAAGUCAACCCGGCGCCGGAUUCGGUGUUGACGGACUCGUCGUCGGAUCGCGUUAGGGUUGCCAUGGCUCGGCAGGUGCGCAAGAGCUUUGACGAAAUCGUAUUGAUGAGGUCGUACUCGUACGAGAAGGUGUUGGAACUCGAUCGGGGCUACAAGGCGAUGUGAGUUCUUCUUUGUUGCGGUCUUCUCUCAUGUGCAUCUGGCUUAGUGGGCUUCCCCUCAUCAACAAUGCCCGCAGCCUCGAAAGUCUGCCCGAUCAGUGGACGCUUGAAAGCUCGACGAGCGGCAACGAGCAACCGAUGCUCCGCUUCCAGCGUCAUUUCGUGAUCGAGGGAAUCCACAACCGUAUCUUUCGCCUCCAUCGCCCCUUCUCGACUCGAGGUUACUCCGAAGCCAAAUAUCGACCCUCGACCGAUGCGUGCCUCAAAUCGGCGCGAAUCGUCAUCAUCUCGACGCACAACAUAGCCGAUGCCACACGAGACAUUUGGUACUCGUACAGCCACGUCAUGGGCGCGGCCUUGGUCCUCUUCAAUGAUUUGUUCAUGUCGAUCGAUCAGGAUGCCUCGGAUUUAGAGAUCGAUUCGAAGAGGAGGGCUUUACUGUUGGCGCUCGAGAUCUUCACCAAAGGCUCGGGGAAUAUUUGCUCGCCUAGCCUGCAGGUGGUUGUUCAGCAGGGUGCCAAGAUAAUGAACGGUCUGUUCAGAGCCGAAGAGUGAGUCUGCUUUCAGUGCAUAGCUCCCAACGCUGGUCGCCUCAUGCUGAUUUGGUGCGUCUCGCACAGGUCUCGUCGAACCGGGCGAGCAGCCCAAGCUCUUCUCGCCGCAUCCGGUGGCGACGCCACUCUUGAUGGGGAGCAAGACGACACGCCCGUCGAAUCCUUCGCCGACGUACUGCGUCGCAUCUCUCGCUCGCUCAACACCCAAUCCGCACCUCAUCGAGGGACGCCCCCUCCGACACGUAACAUCCCCAAGAAGUCGGGUCACCUUCCUGGAGGACUCGUACCUUCGUCGACGAAUCACUACAGCGCGCUCCCGGGUGCUUCAGGCGGCUUCCCCCAAUCGCCGGGUACACCCCUUUCAUCGGCGUUCCCACUCAAUCACAAUUCAACUUCUCCGCUUCCGAUUGUGCUCGGUGGCACUGCGGGUGGAGCCGGACCGGUGGGAGGGAACCAAUACAUGGGCGGCAGUCAACCUUACCACGAACCCGCUACACCGACGGUCUCGGCGUUCGAGACUAACCCUUGGCCCUUCCCGACCGGGUAUGGUGCGGCUGAGGAUGAUCUGUCCGCGCAGUUCUUUCAAGAGUUGGAUCUCUCUUCAGCGAUGGGAUUGGACGGCAGCGUAGGUGGCGGUGUAGGAGUCGACGGGGAUGGCUUUUGGGCUGCGCCUCCUUCUAUGGGAACGGACGGCGGAUUUCCGACUUUCCGUUCGACGUCGACGGCUCGUGUGGUGCCUCAGGGUCAAAGGCCGUGGGACAGUGGUAUGCAAUUCACGAUCAAUAAUAUGGGAGACGUCGGUGGGGGUUGGUGA